AUGUUUGACAUUGUGGCCACUGCGCGGCUGCGGCACGGCGGUGCGAUGGGCCUUGUUGGGCGCUUUGCCGUACGUGUGUCUUUAGUGCUGAAGAAUGGAAGAAUGAAAAACGUUUGUUUACGUGAAAACGAAUUCUCACGGGGCGUGCUUCGACGCCCCUGCGCAGCGGUGGGGGAGUGUGCGCAGGGUGUGUGUGUGUGUGUGUGUGCCUGCGGUGCUUCCAGCCACGGCGUUCUGCAGUUGAAGAUGCGUGCCGCCUUUUUUUUUUUUUUUUUGGGGGGGGGGCUGCUGGCGGCCUUUCGGAGCAGCUGCAAGAGGCUGCGGGAGAGGCGAAGGACAAGGCGGAUGCGGGCGGUGGUGCAGCGGGUGCUCAGCGGCUCCGUCACUGUGGGCGACGAGGUUGUCGGGGCGGUGGGGCGCGGCGUUGCGGUGCUGGUCGGGGUGCAUCGCGACGACACCGUCGACGACGUCAAUUACAUCGCGCGGAAGCUCCUGGCGCUGCGCAUUUGGCCAAGCGAGGACGGAGCAAAGACGUGGGACCGCUGCGUCAGGCAGGUGGGCGGCGGCAUCCUGCUCAUCUCCCAGUUCACCCUCAUGCACGUGCUGAAGGGCAACAAACCGGACUUUCAUCUGGCGAUGGGCCCCGAGGGGGCGUCGGAGAUGUUCCAACGCCUGCGUGACGCCCUUGCGAGGGAGUACGCGGAGGACCGAAUUGCAACAGGGCGGUUUCAGGCAUACAUGCGUGUCAACCUGGUGAACGAUGGCCCAGUAACGAUUGUGCUGGACAGUCGGAAUGGACAGUGA